AUGCAGACGCUGGUGCAUGCGGACGCUGGUGCAUGCGGACGCUGGUACAUGCAGACGCUGGUGCAUGCGAACGCUGGUGCAUGCGGACGCUGGUGCAUGCGGACGCUGGUGCAUGCGGACGCUGGUGCAUGCGGACGCUGGUGCAUGCGGACGCUGGUGCAUGCGGACGCUGGUACAUGCGGACGCUGGUGCAUGCGGACGCUGAUACAUGCGGACGCUGGUACAUGCGGACGCUGGCAGCGUCUCGGCAGCGUCUCGGCAGCGUCUCGCCAGCGUCUCGGCAGCGUCUCGGCAGCGUCUCGGCAGCGUCUCUGCAGCGUCUCGGCAGCGUCUCGGCAGCGUCUCGGCAGCGUCACGGCAGCGUCUCUGCAGCGUCUCUGCAGCGUCACGGCAGCGUCUCGGCAGCGUCUCGGCAGCGUCUCGGCAGCGUCACGGCAGCGUCACGGCAGCGUCACGGCAGCGUCUCUGCAGCGUCUCUGCAGCGUCUCUGCAGCGUCUCUGCAGCGUCUCUGCAGCGUCUCGGCAGCGUCUCGGCAGCGUCUCGGCAGCGUCUCGGCAGCGUCUCUGCAGCGUCACGGCAGCGUCUCGGCAGCGUCUCGGCAGCGUCACGGCAGCGUCACGGCAGCGUCACGGCAGCGUCACGGCAGCGUCACGGCAGCGUCUCUGCAGCGUCUCUGCAGCGUCUCUGCAGCGUCUCUGCAGCGUCACGGCAGCGUCACGCCAGCGUCUCGGCAGCGUCUCGGCAGCGUCUCGGCAGCGUCUCGCCAGCGUCACGGCAGCGUCACGGCAGCGUCACGCCAGCGUCACGCCAGCGUCACGCCAGCGUCUCGGCAGCGUCUCGGCAGCGUCUCGGCAGCGUCUCGGCAGCGUCUCGGCAGCGUCACGGCAGCGUCACGGCAGCGUCACGCCAGCGUCACGGCAGCGUCUCGGCAGCGUCUCGGCAGCGUCUCGGCAGCGUCUCGGCAGCGUCUCGGCAGCGUCUCGGCAGCGUCUCGGCAGCGUCUCUGCAGCGUCUCGGCAGCGUCUCGGCAGCGUCUCGGCAGCGUCACGGCAGCGUCUCGGCAGCGUCUCGGCAGCGUCUCGGCAGCGUCUCGGCAGCGUCACGGCAGCGUCACGGCAGCGUCACGGCAGCGUCUGAUCUACUACUGA